CUCUUCUUCUUGUUCGGUGGCUGUUGUCAGUCGCGAGAGCUGCGGUCUCGGUGGAGUGGCGGAAUCUGUGUCUUGGAGCUUCGCGGGUUUCGGGUGCAGGGACGUGAGAGCCGCUGGCCCAGGUUACAGCAUGGGGUUCCUGACCACAGUGACUCAAGGCCUAGUGCGAGGAGCGGACAGGAUGAGCAAGUGGACAAGCAAGCGAGGCCCCCGGACCUUUUACAAGGGCCGAGGCGCCAAGCGCACGGGUGUCCACGCCCUGGGCUGGAAGUUUGUGCAGAUCAAGGAACAGGUCCCGGAAUUUAUCGUCCCGAACUUGACCGGCUUCAAGCUCAAGCCCUACGUGAAUUACCGCGUUCCGGCCGGCACAGACACGCCGCUCACAGCCAGAGCGCUCUUCAUGGAAACAGUUGCACCUGCUAUCGAAAGGGACUUAAAGGAAGGCACUUUUGAUCCUGACAACCUGGAAAAGUACGGCUUCGAGCCCACCCAGGAAGGCAAACUCUUCCAGCUGUAUCCCAAGAACUUUCCUCGCUAGAAUGCAGUGAAGACGAUAGGUUUGCCUGUGAACUACAGAUUGAACUGACAUCUCAGAUUGAGUCCCAGAGAGGCGAGAGCAUUCCCUCCUGGCAUUUCUAUUAAAGACCUCUGCUGCUGUCUAGUGUGUUUGGUAU